AUGGGCUGUAUUCAAUCGACUCCUGAAGUGUCUUAUGGUAGUUACUCAACGAAUUAUGUGUAUUUGUCUGAUGGGACCGAAGAAUCCCUCGAAAUGUAUAAAGCGAAUAUUGGCAACUCCAGUAAAGUGUGUUUAUCCUUCUCUUGCUUCAAUCUCCCCAAAAUGGACUUAUUAAGCGAUACGGACGCUUUCAUUGUGGUAUAUGAGAAACAAAAAACAGGUUGGGUAGAGAUUGAUAGAACCGAAGUCCUUGUGAACAAUAACAAUCCUGUAUUUGUGAAGCGAAUUAUUUUAAACUACGUUUUUGAAACUGUUCAAGAGUUGAAAUUUGCUGUGUAUGAUGCUGAUGAGCACUUGACCGCGGAGCAAGUACUUAGCAUUACCUAUUAUUAUUAA